CCCUGGGUAAAGAUUCCCGGAGCUGGUCCUGGCGGUGGGGGUCGGGACCUGCUUGUUGUAAACACAGAUCUCAAAAUACCAAGAUGAACUAGGUGCAAGACGAUCGGACGCUCCGUUGGUGGGGGGUGGGGUAGUAGCUCACCUGCAGCUAAAGCAGCGGUGGGCCGCCUGCAGUCCAUCCGGUCCCAGGUGUGGCCCACGCUCAGGGGUGCCAGAUUCUGCUGGUUUUCGUCCAUGUCGAUUUUGCCUGGUUUUCGUCCAUGCCAGGAAGUGAGUUGGGGGCUGAUGGCGCACAGCACUGACUGGGAGAGCCGGGCGCUCCCUCUGCGUCCGAUCAAAGCGCUGCGACAGUUCAAUUGGCGCCCCACAAAUUCUAGAUCGGCCAAGCGCAGUUAACAAAACUACCCUAACCUCGGAGACCGUCUUGGUGACGGCAAUCUUGCAGCCGCUGAGAUGGAGGAGGGCCCCUCAUGCAGCCCACUCACUAGCCUAGGUUGCCCAUUGCUGAGCCAAAGUCACUUAGACAAGCAAAGUGUCUGUUCACUGGGAAUCCUUUGGGCGCUCGCAAGUCCUGAGCGUAUCCACUCGCUGGUAGGCCUGUAGUACAGCCGCUGUCUGCCUGUACAGGACCCUCCCUUCUGAGCGCCUGUCAACAGCCUUCCGGGAAGGUGACCUGUAAGUAGAUGGCACAUUCCGGGGUUGUCAGCUGCCUGUUCGGUGCAAGUGGGACAAAUGUCAGUGACCUCUGGUGUUAGGUAUCUGUGCAGGUCACCUGGGUGACCUGUCCCCGCAGGAAUGGCUGGGUACUUCCAGGGUGGGUGUGUCUAGUUUCAGGGAGGAGCCAGGACUUCCACUGACCCCUCCACAGGUCGGUCUGGUCGGGAGGCUCCAUUAGGCAUGCUGAUGCAGAGACUGCCUCGGCGGGGCGGCUCCCUAUAACAGCCUCCCGGGGAGUGCCUGCUGUGGCAGUAGCACGGAGAGCUGGUCCUGGGACGAUGGUAGAGCCAAAGAAACCCCAGGGAGGGGACACCAAAGCGCCUCCAGCCGCCGCCGCGGGACCUGAUGUGACUGUUUCCACAGCCACUAUGUCCACCAGGAGGCUGCGCAGCGAGGACUACAACGACUACAGCUCCACAGAGGCAACACCCGAAGGGAGCCCCCCCGAAGGCGCAAACGGCUUCGCCUCUCCCGCGUCCUACCAGCGGUUCGGGGAAAGCUACGGGACGACAUGGUUUCAAACCUUGAUCCACCUGGUGAAGGGGAAUAUCGGCACAGGCCUGCUGGGCCUGCCCCUGGCUGUGAAAAACGCUGGCAUCGUGCUGGGCCCGCUCAGUUUGCUGGUGAUGGGGAUCGCUGCCGUGCACUGUAUGAGCCUCCUGGUGAAAUGCGCUCACCACUUCUGCCACAAGUAUCAAAGGCCGUUUGUGGACUAUGGGGACGCUGUGAUGUACGGGCUGGAAGCCACCCCUAGCACCUGGCUUCGGUCCCAUGCCAUCUGGGGAAGGUAUGUAGUGGGAUUUUUCUUGAUUCUCACCCAGCUGGGGUUCUGCUGUGUGUAUUUCGUAUUUCUGGCUGACAAUCUGAAGCAGGUCAUCUCGGCAGCAAAUAGCACCACCAAUGACUGCUACUCCAACAAAACCAUCGAGCUGGCUCCCGCCAUGGACUCCCGCCUGUUCAUCCUCUCCUUGCUGCCGUUCCUGGUGCUGCUCGUCUACAUCCAGAAUCUCAAGUUCCUGUCCAUCUUUUCCAUGGUGGCCAACCUGGUCAUGCUGUGCAGUCUCGUCAUGAUAAACUGGUAUAUCUUUACGGGCAUUCCGGACCCCAGCCACCUGCCUCUGGUCGCGGGCUGGAAGACCUACCCGCUGUUUUUUGGCACGGCUAUCUUUGCUUUCGAAGGGAUUGGAGUGGUGCUGCCCCUGGAAAACAAAAUGAAGAAUCCCCGGCAGUUCCCUACGAUCCUGUAUGUGGGAAUGGCCCUCGUCACCGUCUUGUACAUCAGCCUGGGGGUUCUGGGGUACCUGCGAUUCGGAGCCGACAUCCAGGCCAGCAUUACUCUCAACCUGCCCAAUUGCUGGCUGUACCAGUCUGUCAAGCUGCUCUACUCCAUUGGGAUCUUCUUCACCUUCGCGCUGCAGUUCUACGUCCCGGCUGAGAUCAUCCUGCCCGUGGCCAUCUCCCAGGUGCCGGAGCGCUGGGCCCUGUGGCUCAACCUGCUUCUCCGGACGUGCCUCGUCUGCGUGACGUGCCUGCUGGCGAUCCUGAUCCCCCGCCUGGACAUCGUCAUCUCGCUGGUGGGCUCCGUGAGCAGCAGCGCGCUGGCCCUCAUCAUCCCGCCCCUGCUGGAGAUCGCCACCUAUUCCUCCGAAGGCAUCCACCCCGUCACCGUGGCCAAAGACCUCCUGAUCAGCAUCCUGGGCUUCGCGGGCUUCGUGGUGGGGACCUACGAGUCCCUCUGGGCACUGGCCACGUCCCCAGUCUCCAACGCCACCCAUGCCUCGGGACCGUGACACCGUGCCCUGCCCGGCCGUACCGCCCCUUUGGGUUUUCCUCAGAGUCGCGGCCACUCUUCCCCUCUCCUCUUCAGACGCGUUUGUCCUGGUGAAAAGCGUGAGGGCGCACCCUGGCUCCCUCUCCUCUUAGUGUGCAGUUCCCCGUCGGGCUCCAGGCGGCCUGCAGUGGUGCCUGGUGGCCCCCGGUUGGGAGGCAGGGCCUUUGUUUGCUGCUGGCUAAGAUGGUGUCCAGGUGCCAAGGUCCUCCAGUUUUAAGAGGGCACGUUUCUUCCCUCCCCUGGGUACUCUAGAAACCCAUGGGCUCUUCCAGGGCUCCGGAGUACAGCUUCACAACCACCCUGAGCCUCUCCCCAACCUCCCCAGGCGUUUUGUGCCAACUUUUUUUUUCCUCCAGCACUUUAUUGUGGCCACAGAGAAACUCCAGCCGAUGAGUGACCCAUUAGAGCCCUGGUCCCUAGGAGCUGUGUCGCCUGGACGUUACAGAGGCCACAAGCAGGAAACUGCACGACGAGAGAAUCUCUUGUGUGCGCCGCCCCGGCAGGCUGCCAGUCGCACCCUGUCAGACGCUGUGUAAGCAGGGCCUCAGUGCGGCAAGCGCUCUAGGGGAGCAGCACCUGAGAGCAUCAGACAGCAUUGUGGAUGGGAAGCCGUUCUGCCUGGGUGUGUUUCAGCCUAGAUCCUCGCCGCGCUCCAUCUCUGGCUCUGUCCCGCCUAGAUGUGAGGCGCGUGGGCUUUCUGCGGAGCAAAGUUGCAGAGGCUGAGUGGGGGAGGAGGCAGGUGGGUUGGGGUUCAGGGGAGGGGGGGGAUUGUGCAAAAUCCCUCAGGCCGUUUAGCUGUGGUGUUUGUUUUUUAACUGCGGGAGGUGGGGUUUCUCAGAAGCAUUAGGAACACAGAGCAGAUUGUGCUGGUGUCUAGGGGCUUUGAAGUACUUAACUCCUGAGGCAGUUUAUUGUGUUCCUGGACUAGGAGCCAACGCUCCUUUUCACUUGGAUUUUCACAAUAGUGCCUGGGAUGGGGUGCUCCCUUGGUGGUGGUACUUUAAGCUCACCCCUCCCCUCUUCCUCUUCGCCACCCUGCCUGUAAGGGAUGGCUUGUGUUUACACCCACCGCAGCGAGCGCCCCUGCUCCGGUGCUACCUCCCUGCAGACUAACAUGGCUGCAUCUCUAUCACUAUUCUCCCUGCGGUAAGUCACUACUAGCACUACCGCUGAAUCGGGUUAGUGACCCUGCGUUCCUCUUCUCCUCCCCAGCUGGGAUAUACCCCUUGUUCUUCAGGGCAUUAAGCAGCGACUGGGCUAGCUGCUAAGCAGGAAGAAGGGUGAUCUCCUUUGGUCCGUGAGGGAAGGCAGCUCUCUCUCUCGUUCCCCUCUCUUUCAUUUACCCUGACUUUGCUCUGGAUCUCUGCGUGGCGAGAAGCCGUUGAAAGCUUUGUCGGCGCCCUGCUUUGGUACGGCCUGGCUCGGCACCGCACCGCAUGUCCCGUUCAUGCGGCUUGUCACCGUUCAUCAGUGACCAGACGACGCGCGUCCGCUAUCCCGAGCACGGAUGCAGAGUUUGACCUAAAAAUCUUUUCCCGCUGGUUAGCGCAAGACGGUGACGGCCUCUGCCUCCUGUUAGCUGACCAGCGGAAGUGGAACACUAAUGAGCACGUUGCUCCCCUGCCACCCCCGCCCACCCCCACAUGCUGCUCUUGGCCUCUAGGCAGUCCUGUUUGGCUGCUGCGAUGGUGUCUUGUCUCUGUCCUCUCCCUCUCCCCCACCUCCUCCGGUGGAAGUGGCAGUUCACAUUAACCCCAGGGCUGCAUGAACCUCCCCUCCCUCCCUCUGUCUUGUAUCGGUGCACUGUGGGGGGGGGGG